GCCAAUUUAAAGCCGUAUGAUAAAAUUCAAUCCUAGUUCUCGUCCUUUUCAUACGCCCUUUCUUAGCCUUUUACCUGCAACCCCUGCCUAUCAUGAAUGGCGCUCCUUCCGGUAGUUCCACGACAAUGGACACCUUUGAAGUCUCUUCUCGAGACAGUGUGGCUGACUACCACGAAAUGAAUUUGCCACCGGUGGAUCGCGGUCGAAGGGCGUGGCUGUUCUUGGCGGCUUGCUUCAUUAUCGAAGCGUUGAUCUGGGGCUUCACUUUUUCAUUUGGUAUUUUCCAGGACUAUUACAGCACUCAUGAGCCUUUCAAGAGUUCCGGUGAUACCGCCGUGGUUGGCACUUGCGCAAUGGGUAUCUCGUACAUGUUGCUUCCGGUGGCUUUCAUUCUACUGCAAGCCGUCCCUCGUCUCAAACUAUGGGCCGCGCCGAUCGGUUUUGUCAUUAUGUGUCUGUCGCUCUCGCUGAGCUCGUUUGCGACAACCACCGCUCACUUGAUCGUCUCGCAAGGUGUUGCUUAUGGCAUCGGAGCUAGUCUGGCAUAUGCCCCCACAAUCGUCUUCAUGGAUGACUGGUUCGUUCAGAGAAAGGGACUCGCUUUCGGAAUUAUGUGGGCCGGUACUGGACUAUCUGGAGUCAUUCUUCCCAUCGUCCUUCAAUGGAUGCUGAACUCCUUCGGGCCCCAGACAACACUACGUGCUUGGUCAGUCGCGCUGAUGGUCCUCGGCGGCCCACUGCUGUACUUCCUUCGCCCCCGUCUGCCCAUUUCACGGAACUCGCGAUCCAGACCCUUCGACUUCAAGUUCCUCUGGGAGUCUACAUUCCUCAUCUACGAAACGGGGAACAUCCUGGAGGCCAUGGGCUACUUCCUCCCUACCAUUUACCUGCCCUCCUACGCUCGUAGCCUAGGCGCCAGCAACAUCGAGUCCUCAUUGACCGUCAUGCUCUUCAACCUUGCCUCCGUGUUCGGCUGCGUCAUCAUGGGCUCGUUGGUUGAUCGGUACCAUGCUACUACCUGCAUCCUUGGCUCCACUGUUGGAAGUACCAUUGCGGUGUUUUUGAUCUGGGGCUUUGCUGACACUCUGGCGCCUCUGUAUAUCUUCUGCAUCUUCUAUGGUCUCUUUGCCGGAUCUUUCACGUCUACGUGGCCCGCGGUUGUUAAUGAAGUUAAGAAGAAGAGCACAUAUGCUGAUUCCAGCAUUGUCUUUGGCUUCUUGUCUACCGGUCGGGGUAUUGGCAAUAUUGUGAGUGGCCCGUUGAGUGAGGCUCUGCUCAAGCGGUCUGCUUGGACGGGUGUUGCGGCCAAGGCGUAUGGCUCGGGCUUUGGACCUCUGAUUGUCUUUACGGGAGUGUCUGCGCUUUUGGGAGGUCUGGGUAUUGCUGCGAGAUCUUCAAAGCGGCUCCGGGCGGAUUGAGAGUGUGUUCUGAGGAAGAUCAACCACUUUUCUUAGCCCCGAAGUAUGUGUUGUGGGAUUGGGCUGUCAUGUGGCCAAAAUUGUAUCCUACGUGACCAAAAGUUCGUGAGCAAUCAAUUGUUAAACAUCACUUACGUCUUGCUCGACGUACUUAUAGAGCCCAAGUAUCGAUGUGCGACGCAGCAAUUUAGUCUGGAGUACCCUGCAAAUGCUUGAUAAUGGCUGCCACCGAUGCUCAGGUACUAAUUUCAGGAAGCCACCUAGUUGCGAUCGUCACUCAAAGCCCGCUCGUGAUGUCCUCAAGGUCAGCACUAGACCUGGUUGUAUCGACAAUUCUAUUGAUGCAAAUCUCCGGCUAGUCAUGAACAAAAGAGGUCAGCUCAAAUACAAGCACAAAGACCACUUCACAAAAUAUCUCUAUCGUACAUCCCCUAGUUUCACCUCAACGGGAACCAUCCGUUUCCAUCUGUUCCUCCUGCUCCAUAGCCCUUCGAGUCAUGGCGUCCCGCGCCGCGAUCUUGGCCUUGCGUUUCUCUUCCUCCGUAACCCGUGCUUCCUCAGCCGUAUUUGCUCCAUUCUUGGUAGAUCCCUUUGCUGUAGAGGACGACGUUUCGGCAUUCUGCUGGGCAUCACCAUUUCCAUUGCUCUCUGCGCCGUUGAUUAAUGAUAGAUCUUGAGCAGGAGUUUCCUGUGAUUCAACCUGUGCCCGCAUUGAAGUCGGCCCAAAGGACUGUGAACGCGUGCUCCGGCGAAGGCGACGGCGCUUAGUAGUUUGUGGUUCCGGGCUCGAGGGCGCGAUCGGGACUUGAAUUGUACCGUUCUGGGAGGUUGAGGCAGUCGUAGGGUCUGCCGGUGGCCCGGUAACGUUGGACUUUCGCGGCCGGCCGCGAGGUCUUUCUGAGUUCAAUUGAAGAUCCUUGGUUUGUGUAAGCCGUGGCCGCUUAGCCACGGUCUGUUCUGAAUGACUUGUAGGUGGAGUGCUGGUUGGGAUGCUGUCCUUUUGCCUAGCCUCGAUGCGGAGCUGGGUGGGGCCGGAAGGUAGCUGACGUGCAGGUUGUGUAGGCGGCACACGGACAUUGUAUGUUGGCAAGUUCUCGAGUGACAGGUCAUCUACCAUAUCUUCUUCAUCGAACGAAUCUGCAAUCGCAGGUGGCGGACCAGUCGAGAAUGCGUCGGGCCAAGCUCGUUUUCUCCCGGCCUGGAGGAGACCGGGGCUUUGUACAUCGGCUAUCCUGCCAUUCAUCUGGGAUGUAUAUUCAGGGCUGUUCGGCUUGCGCUCCUCCAUGAAACGAUUCUUCAACUUCAACGCCUCGAUUUCCAGCUUCAGCUUCUCAAUUUCAUCCGACUUGGACUUUAGCUCCUUCAGAACCGUCGCAAUCAUGUCAAACCCAGGUCCGCCCAUGGAUGUAUGGUCGUUCAUGCUCCGACUCGGCCCGUUUAAUUCGAUACGAAGUGAGGUGAAUGAAUGCUUCAAGUCUGCCAUGGUAUCUUGCAGGUGGUUGACCGAGUUGGAUAUCUGAUCGAUACUUCGGCCCUGAUGUUGCAUUUGCUGAUGCAUCGCCGGGUCUAAUGAUAACAGAUCUUGUGCACCCGAUGGUACCAAUGCGUUAUCCUGAGCUGAACGUCGAGGGGGUUCCGGCGGGGGAGGGGGGAGCAGUUUGUCCAGGGCUCCCUCUUUGAAUUGGGGGUCGGCCGUUCGCAUUGUCACAAUUUCUCUGAACGACACUUUUGACAUCUUCCAAAGAAUGUUAGGGCUAGAAAGCGCAGUAAGCGUCAGCC